UAAGGGGGCAAGGUAUAGCGUCCGCGGCUGAGCGUGCGCAGACGGAGCGCCGACUAGGCCCAGCCUGAGGCGGCGGGAGGCGCCGAGUAGAAGAACGAAAACGCGGCCGAGCACCCCGACGAGGGAGAGUCUGAGUGUGUGUUUGUGUGUGAGAGAGGAGCGCCGAGUGCGCGGUGGGGCGGGAAGGCCUGGCGGCGUGCAGUGAUUUUCCAAGAUGACGCAAUUUCUCCCCCCAAAUUUGUUGGCAUUAUUUGCCCCUCGUGAUCCUAUACCCUAUCUGCCUCCUUUGGAGAAAUUGCCCCAUGAGAAGCACCACAAUCAACCCUACAGUGGUAUUGCCCCUUACAUUCGUGAAUUUGAGGAUCCACGUGAUGCUCCUCCACCUACUCGUGCAGAAACACGGGAGGAACGAAUGGAACGGAAGAGGCGGGAGAAGAUUGAGCGCCGACAACAGGAAGUAGAGAGUGAGCUGAAGAUGUGGGACCCUCACAAUGAUCCUAAUGCUCAAGGAGAUGCCUUCAAGACACUGUUUGUGGCCAGAGUUAAUUAUGACACAACAGAAUCCAAGCUGAGGCGGGAAUUUGAAGUCUAUGGGCCCAUCAAAAGAAUCUACAUGGUGUACAAUAAACACUCUGGCAAGCCCCGUGGCUACGCUUUCAUUGAAUAUGAACACGAGCGUGAUAUGCACUCGGCAUACAAGCACGCAGAUGGGAAAAAAAUUGAUGGCAGGCGAGUGUUGGUGGAUGUAGAGAGAGGCCGGACGGUGAAGGGAUGGCGCCCACGUAGACUUGGUGGUGGUCUCGGUGGCACACGGCGGGGUGGUGCUGAUGUCAACAUCAGACACUCAGGCCGAGAUGACACUUCCCGAUAUGACGAACGAGAUCGGGACCGUGAACGAGAGCGUGAUCGCCGAGACCGCAGCCGAGAUAGGGACAAGGAACGGGAACGCCGUCGUAGCCGAUCCCGGGAACGCCGGCGGCGGACACGGAGCAGAGAAAAAGAUGAGCGGAAACGCAGCCGGGAGCGCAGCAAGGAUAAAGAUCGGGAACGCAAGCGUCGUAGCCGUUCCAGAGACCGCAAGCGGGAUCGGGAUCGUGACAGAGACAAGAAAGAGGAAUUGCCAGAAGUAACUGAGGCCCAGCCCGAUGAAGCUACUCUUGGUGAAAUGGGUGUAGAUGGGCUAGAGGUGAAGCCUGAAGGGGAAGAGAAGGGCCGAGAUAGGGACCGGGAGAGGGACAGAGAUAGAGAGAGGGAUCGGCGGCGCAGUCAUCGUGAUAAAGACAGAGACAGGGAUCGUGACAGAGAGCGUCGUCGUGAUAGGGACAGAGAUAGGGACCGGGACCGUGAGCACAAGCGUGACAGAGGUGAGCGAGGUGGGGAGAAACGAGAGGAGCGGGGGCAGGACAAUGGCAUGGGAGAGGCCUUGGAGGAAACCAGCCAGGACAUGUUCCUGGACCAAGAAUCCAUGCAGUCCGCUGACGGCUAUUUAUCCACUGAGAAUGGGUACAUGAUGGAGCCCCCAAUGGAGUGAUGUGAAUGGAGAUUCUUCCUUCCUUGCAGCCCGGUGAGGUGAGGCUCUACCUCCCAAGCUGCCAAGCCACUGAGGCCCCAUCAAACAGUCAAGAUAAUUGAUUUUAACUGGUUUUGUUUAGAAGGGUAAGUCUGUUUCAGUUUUGCCUGUCCUAGCCCAUUUCGUCUUAACAUGUAAUCUUCAACAAGCCCCUUGUGUACUUGGAUAUUUUUCUUUAAACAAGAAUAAAGUGUUAAUGUUUUCUCCAUGUAAA